UGGCGUUUCUUGGCCGCCCUGAACCGCACUGAUCGAGUCUGCAGUGUUCCUGACAGAAACCCUGGUCUCCCUUGCUCCAUCGAGAGUCGAUUCAGUCAAAUCAGAAGACUUGUCGCCUUCGACAAGACGUCCAUCGUACCAGUUCUAGGCCCCCAUCCAGCUUCUUUUUGCCCUGUCUGGCUGCUCGUCCACCAUGAAGCGGCGAAGCCCACCCCGGCUAGCCAUGGCCAAGCAUUGGCAAGCAUUUUGGCAUCCGGUGCGCCGAAGAGCCAAUCUGAUGGUGCAUGGCUGGGCAUUGACAUGGGCCAAUUCGUGAUUCUCGACGGUGGUCCCCUUUUCGAUUAA